UCCAGUACAGUCACGUAUCCUGCGCAUAAUUGCGCUACCAGUCAAUAGACAGGGACUGCUACAAAAACUAGAAUAAACACAUUUGAUUUCUGCCAUUUUUAUUCCAUUCCAUUUAUCUUCAAUGGCCUUUGCCUAGGGUUUUAUGAAUUUUUUCUAAAGUUACAAAAUCUCAAACUGUAGUAUUGCUUCUUUUCUUUUUACUCCGGAAAAUACACCGCCAUUGUUCUUAUUCCGCGUCUCUCUCUAUAUAGAGAGAGAAAUCAGGUGCAAUAAUUUUGGCUGUAGUGGAGGUUCCUAUUGAACCAUUGCUGAGACGACAAUAUAAAGAAGUUGACUCGCUUUGGUGAAAUUGUAGGUUCUUUUUCUGCUUGUUGAUUAAACGGGAAUUCUGAACCGGGGUGAUGAAGUGUCUUCUUUGGUCCAUUCCGUGCGCUUACUUGCCUUGCAAAUUGGAUCCUCACCAUGAUGCUUCUAGAAAGCUUAGAAAGCUCUCAAACUCAAGACUAGCAAAUCCUCUGCUCCAGCUCCUAUGCCCAAGUCCAGGUUUUUUCUACUUCUGGUUUCUUCAACUUUCUACCAUGGGUGUGAAUGAAAAACUUUUACACCUGCACAAUCAAAAUAAAGUUCGACAUCCCUUGGCUGUAUCCAGGCAUGCUUUGUGCGAUCUAUCCAAUGUUUCUCCAGUGGUUUUCCUCUACCUCUUAAAGGAAUGCUAUGUCUACGGAACAUGCAAGGCGACUGCCAAGUUUCGAGUUCUGCAACAGCAAGCAUAUGGGUUUUUGCACAAUGAUCCUCAACCUGGAGCAGCCAUCUUUGUUGCGCAGUGCCUGUAUGUGUUACCUAUAUUUGAGUCACACUGUGAAGGAUUCAGUCAUUUGAUAAUAUCUGCUCUUCGUCAUUUCCUGAAAGUGGGAAAUGGCAUGAAUGGUAUAUACAAAGCUAAACUUUUGGCUGCCAAAUUAUUUCUUGCCAUUGUUGAUGGUACUCUGCAUCAUGAAGAAAGAGUCCUAGUCAAAAUCCUUGAAGUUUUUGAUGUCAGUCUGUCAAACAUAGAAAAAGCUAUGUAUGACACAGAUGAGAAGGGUCACACAUGCCAGAUGGCUAAGGUAUUGGUUGAACAAUAUAUUUCUAGGUUAGUAGAAUCCCAGUCUUACAUGACUGCUGUUUCAUUGUUGGAACACUUCUCUAUCCGGGAAUCUGGUGAAUCUUUUCUACUUAAAAUGUUGGAUAGCAACGAAUACAGAGCGGCAGAAAAGUGGGCAACUUUUAUGGGGAAGCCAAUCUUAUGCACUCUUGUCCGAGAAUACGUCAACAGAAAACUGCAAAAGCACGCAUUUGAUGUUAUAAGGCAAAACAAUCUUCGGGAGGAGUUCCCAGAAAUAUAUCAUCAAUACAAAGAAAGCAAACUGAAGAAGCUAGCAGAAAAGGGUUGCUGGGAUGUUGCUGAGGCAAGGAUAAAUGAUGAUCGACAACUUCUUGAGUACCUGGUAUAUUUGGCUAUGGAAGCUGGUUACAUGGAGAAGGUUGAGGAACUCUGCGAACGGUAUUCCCUUGAAGGUUUCAUAAAUGUCAAAGAGCUUGAGGAAAGUAUUCCAACACACCGAUACUUGGAGCUUGAUGAAUUGUCAAUAAAGGAUGUAGUCUGGGUAGAUGAAGCGAAUGGCUUGCUUGAUGCUACAUACGACAUUGAAGAAUGUAAAGUUGUGGGCAUUGACUGUGAGUGGAAGCCUAAUUACGAAAAGGGAAGCCCACCUAACAAGGUUUCCAUCAUUCAGAUUGCUUCAGACUACAAAGUUUAUAUACUAGAUCUCAUAAAGUUAUAUGGAGAUGCUCCAGAUGUACUGGAUGACUGCUUAACCCGCAUAUUGCAUUCUCCAAGAGUACUGAAGCUUGGCUACAACUUCCAGUGUGAUGUGAAGCAGCUUGCUUUAUCUUAUGGGAAGUUGCAAUGCUUCAAGCACUAUGACAUGCUGCUCGAUAUCCAGAAUGUGUUCAAAGAACCAAGAGGUGGUCUCUCUGGUCUGGCAAAGAAAAUAUUGGGUACUGGAUUGAAUAAAACAAGAAGGAAUAGCAACUGGGAGCAACGGCCUUUAACUCAGUUUCAGCUAGAAUAUGCUGCUCUUGAUGCUGCUGUUCUUAUCCACAUAUUUCGUCAUGUUCGUGGCUACACACAAUCUAGUGGUGACCAGGAUGGGCAUUCCAAAAUUGAGUGGAAGUCUCACAUUGCUUCCCACACUGAUAAUUCGAAGAUCUCCAAAAAAGAAGCUAAAAGGCGAAAGGCCAUGGCCAAGGCCAAAACUGAUAAAGCUCCACAAAGCGUCGAGACUAAGGAGCUUACCGAACAAACUUGAACUUAAAGUUUGGAAAUAAAGUUGUUAUGAUACACCAUAGUUUUACUCACAUGUAAGUAUUUUUCUUGUGAGAGACAUUUACAGUUUAAAGCCUUAAAACGGUUGCAAGUUUGUGAGUUUCUAUAGAACAGCAAAGUUUCAGUUACUAA